AUGGGAGCAGAAAUGGCAGUAUAAAGAGAAUAGAAUUAAGUUUCUGAAUUGUUAAUUCAUAAUCUAACCCAAUUAAGAAAAUACAUCUUAAAUUUUUGUGUAAAUCAGCUUCACCAAUCUCGAUAAAUAUAAAAUUAAAAGUUUCAUAUGUAUAUGUAGUUGUAUUUCAUAUUAUUAUUUGUUAGAUUGUAUAAUGUACUUUUUGGCUAUAACAUUCAUCAUAGUAAUUUGGAUUUUUAUGUCAUGCAUGGUUGGGGCAAUAAUAAUAGAUUUUAAUACUGA